AUGGUCUCAACACUUUCCUCCUCCUCAGUCGGAUUCCGCGAACGCUCCGUCCUUCUAGAUCGCACUCCUACCAAAUACCGCUGGCCACCCGGUCAAUUAAAUUUCUGGAUUUUCUUCAUGCUAAUAGCAUCCUCCACCAUCCUCGGAAUAUCCGCCUACUUCCUCUCAGUCCAAAACCAACUUCACCUAGGCGUUCCCUGGUACUUUCCCUACUGGAUAGUAUCUGCCUCUCUCGGCAUCCUCUUCAUAAUACUCAUGCUAUGGUUAAUAUCGCAGCGCCAAUUACUGCCCGGAAUCGUCAUCCUAGGGACUUUUAUCCUGUUUGUGUUAUGGUUGGUUGGACUGAUCGUGUGGAGUAUUGAACUUUGGGGUCCCUCCGGUAGCGUCAAUGGGAAUUGUAAUUUAUAUGUUACGGCGAAUCCGCAGACGGGUGCGAGUACGGCGACGUUGGCUUGGUUGUUGCAGCAUAGUAUUUGUCAGAGUUGGAUUGCGGCCUGGGCGUUUAUGUUGAUUGGGGUUAUUUUUUUGUUUUGGAUGUUGAUUAUGAGUUAUCAGGUUUAUAGGAUGGAUAAUUGA